AUUUAAAUUCAAUAACGAUAAACAAAAUUCGUUAAAUAAAACAAACAAAAAUACAUCAACUGUUUGAUCCACAAGAAGUGAUACAAACAAACUACUAAUCAAUCAAUAAAAAUGGCAAACAUUCCAAAACUAUUAUAUCGAAAGCCAGGAAUACUUCGAUCCGUUUACGGAAAGGAAGAGAUUGGGCUCAGAGAUCAAGAGUUUGAGUCAAUUGUUCAACAAAAAGAUCUGAAAACAAAUGAACCGAUUAUUGUGGCGGAAGUGUUUGGAACACCAGGAGUACAGACAAGACAACCGCCAAUCAAUUAUUUCGAUCAAUUGAUACAAAUUACAGGACAAGUAGAAGUCAAUGAUGAGGUCAUUCAUGGGUUUGUCAUAUGUUGGUACGAAAAGGACAAUAAACAACUUAUAAUUAUUGAUUCCUCGACACUCAUACCACAAGUAGAACACAUAUAUCAGAUGCGAGAUUCAGUAUUUCCAGUACUGAUAACACCAAACCAUCGCCCGCUAACAAGAUUUCCCGAGGGCUACACUACAGGCAUAUAUCUCGCACUCAUGAAAUCAAAACGAAUUAAGACUGACACUCGGAAUGUCCUUAUUUUUGAAAGCCGUACUAAGAUUAAAAAAGCCAACUGUUCGACACUUGAGGCAAAUUUGAUUUGUUUUAUUCAAUCGACAGUUAAAAAACGGUCGAAUGUUCUGGUAAUCAAUUACCUGUUGGAUGGCUACGACCAGUCAGUUAUCGGUAUACACGCGGCACUCAAUCAGCCAAUUGAUCAAAUGAUUACCACCGAAUUUGAUCGAAUACCCGAUUAUAAUCACCGAUUGACUAAUCGCUAUAUGUUUCUCGUCGGCAACGAUGGCUAUCUAUGUAUUAAUGAAGUCUUGGAUUCAAUGAAAUAUAACAAUUCUUUGCUUAAAGAGAACACUUAUUUCUGUUGCGACGGUAGCCUAGAAUUGACAAAUAUAUUAGCCGUUAAAUUUAUAUUUACUAGAUUUAUAAGAACCACACCCUAUCGGAAAACUAUUCAUAUUAUACCCGAAGGCGUACAAUAUAUAAAUAUCUUACGAAAGGAUUGUCAACCACUAAACACCGGCCAAUUAAAGUCAUAUAUAUACGGCUGGUAUACUGUAUCAGAUUAUGCCCCAAAAGUACUUGAAUUGGAUUCAAUACAAUUGUACACUGAUUUGUUAGGUCAACCAAAUCCAGUUCAUUCAUAUCAACCGGUGAUGGUAUUGGCCGAUAUCAACGAUGCUUUGAUCUAUGAACAUAAGUUCAACAACCAAGUGGUCGGCCAUUUGCUGUUCUCUCUAUCGACCAAUCAUUGCGACACCAGUUUAUUUUUUGACAUUUUCAUGGUUUUCAUUUGUUUAGACGAAACAAAUUGGUCGACAGCCACUACAUUGUAUCAAUUGGUCGGUGAAUGUUCGGUAAAUUAUCAGAAAUCGUGGAUCAAAAACCAAUUGAAUGCACCGAUGAUCUGCUAUUUUGAUAAAAAUACUAAUCAAAAGCCAGCUGUAAAUCUAAUUGAUUUGACUGCCAAUCAAUUGAAUCGAUGGAAACCGAGAUUAGAUAAACCAUUUACAGUAUUUGCCUUAACUACGAAUUGGCGGACAAUAUUUUUGCCGUUUAUCAAUACAACACCAAUCAAUGGUUGGCUCAAUGUUGGCGUCAAUUUGGUUGAACGUCAACGAAGUAUUGAAGUAUUUGGUUUACAAUUACCCAAUGACUACGGCGUAACUCAAAAGAAACAACGGGUCUAAUGAUGAUUAUUCAUAUGUAGAGACUUGGUUUUAAUACAACACUAUUGAACGGUUGGCGU